AAAAAAAAACAGGGAAUUUUGUUCGUUAAAUCGCGUACAGCGAGUGCCGAAAAUUAACUGAUCGCGAAGAAGAAGAAGAAAAACAAAUUAUUGGUCGAGAAGUUGUCUUCGCGUGGAACGUGAGUUUGUGGCAGCAAGCAUGGAUCGAGACAGGUCUACGAUCACGUACAGUGAGAUGAAGCCCAUGCGACAUUUGGACGUGGGGGAAUUUCCAGACGACCGCGAAGGGAGGUCCAAGUCUCCUUCCCUGGGCGGGUCAAAUGACGACCUCACUUCUGGCUUGCUGUACGAGCGUCCGAGAACGCGUCACUCGGAAGCAAUCGUGGACCUCACUUUCGAAUUUAAGGAUUUGUCAUAA